UUCACAUGUGACUUUGCAGAAAGAACAUGAGCCUUUUUUAUACAUAAUAAUUUGAACUCCCUGGUGAAUAUCACCAUAACUGAGCUGGAAACUGAAAGAAAUAAAACACUGGCUCACAUCUGAAGCCAAAUAAAGGGAAUGUAUUCUUUUAAAUGGGCUGAUAGAGAAAUUACUCUGCUUAAGCAAGAAAAACUCUUUUGGAUUAAUUCUGUUUAUUUUUCCGACCUUUGACACAUGCCGGAUAUAGAGGAGAGCAGCUCUAUUAAUCUGCUCUUUAGAGACCUGCUUGUGACUCAUUCAGCACCCACGGCCCGUCCUGUCCCUUCGCCAGCAGGACUGCAGGGGCCACUUCAUUCUCGGAAUCGCCGCCUCUGGACCAUAUGGAGACCAACUUCUACAUCUGGCGCGCACCUCUAUACCCUGGACCUGAUCCUAAAAUAAAUUAGAGCAACAGACACUACGUAUGCUACCCAUGACAUAAAACAUGUGAAACCUAAGUCAGGGUGUCUCAGUUGGUGCGCACAAACUCAAACACGGAACUCCCUCGACGUGCCCAGGCUGUUUUCUCCGCUGAGCGCACACUCCUUUCGGCAUCCGUGAACAUGCCUUCGGGUCUGUCUGCCACUACAGCCCUCUACAUCGGGAUGGAGGUGCUGAUCGCCGUGUCGUCGGUCAUCGGUAACGUGAUGGUGGUCUGGGCUGUGCGCAUUAACCGGUCCCUGAGAGACACCACGUUUUGUUUCAUCGUCUCACUGGCCUUGGCUGACAUUGCGGUCGGGGCUCUUGUCAUCCCCCUCGCCAUAACCAUCAGCAUCGGACUCCAGACGCACUUUUACAGUUGCUUGUUGGUCGCCUGCACGGUGCUUGUCCUCACUCAAAGUUCAAUCCUGGCGCUGCUGGCCAUCGCCAUCGACCGCUAUCUGAGAGUCAAAAUACCCAUGAGUUACAAGCGGGUCGUGACCCCUCGGCGAGCUGGCACAGCUGUGUUAUUGUGUUGGCUGGUGUCCAUUAUAGUAGGGCUCACACCCAUGUUGGGCUGGAAUAACCUGCAGAAUCUCAAGGCCAAUGGCUCCCUGAUCACUGAUGACCUCAUAGUGACCUGUGGAUUUGAGACAGUCAUCAGCAUGGACUACAUGGUCUACUUCAACUUCUUUGGCUGGGUGCUGCCCCCUCUGCUCCUCAUGCUGGCUAUCUAUGUUGAAAUUUUCUACAUAAUCCACAAGCAGCUCAACAAGAAGGUGACAGCUAGUCACACAGACCCAAGCCGCUACUUUGGCAAGGAGCUCAAGCUUGCUAAGUCACUUGCCCUUGUUCUUUUCCUCUUUGCGGUUAGCUGGCUUCCUCUUCACAUCCUCAACAGCAUCACUCUCUUUUGUCCUGCUUGUGAUAAACCAUUGUUCCUCAUUCCCAUUGCCAUCAUCCUCAGCCAUGGCAACUCGGCCGUCAACCCCAUAGUAUAUGCUUUCCGCAUCAAGAAAUUCCGCACAACAUUUAAAAAGAUUUGGAAACUGUAUGUGCUUUGUCACGAUACAGCCGGACAGCUUCCUCAAAGGGGGAGCCACAGAGGACAAAGCACUAAGAGGAGGCUGAAGCACAAUGAUGAUGACGAUGAUGAUGUGUGACCUUUGGAAACUAAUUGGAUUGCUGUGUAACUGAAGUUUCACUCCUCUCAGAAUGGAAAAGAACUCAUUGUUAUUUUCAUGCUCAAGGGAUUACCCAUCAAAAUAGCCUUAGUGGCACUGAAGGAUGUCAAGCGGUGAAAGUGAUGAGGGAACUUGAUCAUGGACUAACUGAUUUCCUCCAUCCAACACUAUGUAAGAUGACAGGAUGACAAAUCAGCAUGGAGACGGCAUAAACACAAAACUAAAUCAGCCUUUGAUUGAAAUAAAGCUGUUUAUUUCUCCACUAGCUGACAAUAUGAUGAUGUCGUAUGGGAUAAGGGGCUUCUCAGUUCAACACGGACCUGUUGAUCUUGAAUCAGUAAGUGUAUAUCUGUAGCACACACGAUACAAUAGUAGUAUAUGCUGUAUUGUAUUUUUGACCUUAACAAAAACUCAUGGCCUUUUUCAUGUGAAUGAUCUGAAAUAGUGAAGCAGCAUAUUAUGUUCUACAUUUACAUGCUUAGUUAUGUGGUCUGGACAGAAAAUGUAAUGAAGAGGAACUAAGGCUUUUUUUUUAAAGUGGUUGGAAGAAGGAAGCUUGCGCAACCAGCUUGGGGCUUUGAGAUGGACCAAGACACAGAAUAUACUGGAUACUGGCUGCAUAAUCAAAAAAUGUGAUAUUGUGUAAUAUAAGUGAUAUUUUCAAAAUGGCCUUAGACUCAUGGCCUUUACAGAUGUGUGGUGCAAUCCUGUGCAUGUGACGACAUUUCUGAAACCAUAUGACUGACCCUGACUAACGCUAGCUAAUAGUUGUAGCUGAAAACAGCAUCCACACUGAAAGAAAAAUAACUUGAUGCUCCUAAUUAUAUAUUUGUAAACAAGUAUAUAACUAGUAAUGGAGGAUUGCGAAUCUAAAGAAUGUUAGAGCUCCUCCAUCCAGUAAGCUUCAUUUACCCUGGGGGAUCAUUUUAACCAUUUAAUGUACCUCUACUAUACGUUACCUGCAUUACUUGCAGGUGUUGCCGGUUACCAUUUCACAUUUUUUCACAUUGUUUACAUUGGUCAUUGGUCAUUGUUUGUGACCAAUAUAGCAUCAUUUUGGUUACAGGUCCGGUUAAACUGGCCAGUUGCCAUGCAAAAGAUUACAUUUGACAUGAAACAUACAUAUUGAAACAGGACUGCUGACACAAAUAAUACUGUAUGUAACUAAUAUAUGUAAAAAUGUGAAUGGAAGCUAAUGUAUAAAACUCACCUCAAUGAACAAACAGAUGUUUAUCUCUGUCAGAUCGUCGUACAGCUGUUGAUGAAUCCACUUGGGAAAGUCACCUUCCAAGCACCUCAUUAAUUUUUUUAUUUUUAUUUUAUUUAAGAUAAAUGUAGAUAAUAAAAAAUAAGAAUGUGUCAGCAUAUGGUGAGCCUUGAAUUAAAUUUAUAAUGCUGUAUGUGCAUUUGAAGGUGAAUGCAUUAAAAUUCACACUCACUUUCUUCUCUGUAAGAAGGCUAAAGC